AUGGCAGAGUUGAGUUCAGUAGUGCUACAGAGGAUCCCUGACCCUAGAGCAUAUCUGUUCCCAACUGUGAGUCAUCCAGACCAUGACUACCUCUGCCCAGGCUCCCCUGGGAGAUUGGCUGAAAGCAUGGAGAAGUAUGAACUGGACACUCAUUCUUCCAAGCCAUGGCAGAACCCACACUCAGGCUUGGGUGAAGUACAGAGACCAGCACUUGGCAGAUGUGCAAGGACCAAAUCCAUCCUCAUCUCUCUUCUCAAAGUGCCCCUGAUGUUUGGCUUUUUGUACCUGUUUGUAUGCUCCCUUGAUGUGCUGAGUUCUGCCUUCCAACUGGCAGGAGGGAAAGUAGCAGGAGAUAUUUUCAAGGACAACGCGAUCCUCUCCAACCCAGUGGCGGGGCUUGUGGUGGGAAUCCUCGUCACUGUGCUGGUUCAGAGCUCCAGCACCUCCACUUCCAUCAUCGUCAGCAUGGUCUCCUCAGGGUUGCUGGAGGUAUCUUCUGCCAUCCCCAUCAUCAUGGGUUCCAACAUCGGUACCUCGGUCACCAAUACCAUAGUAGCACUCAUGCAGGCCGGAGACAGAAAUGAAUUUAAGAGGGCCUUUGCUGGGGCCACCGUACAUGACUGCUUCAACUGGUUAUCAGUGCUAGUUUUGCUGCCUCUUGAGGUGGCCAGUGGCUAUCUGCACCGCAUCACCAAGGUUGCUGUGGCAGCCCUCAACUUCCGCAGUGGACAGGAUGCUCCAGAGCUCCUGAAAGUUAUCACGGAGCCCUUCACUGGUCUUAUUAUCCAGCUGGAUAAAUCUGUGAUCACUGGCAUUGCCACAGGUGAUGAGAGCUUGCACAACAAGAGUCUGAUCCGGCUGUGGUGUGAUGCACCGAUCCCGCAGAUUUCUUCCACAGACACUAAAGGAAAACUCCUGAACUGCAGCUCGCUUGCGCCAUGCCGCCUGGACAGUCCUGGGAACUUCAGCAGUGCCAUGCAGCAGAAAUGUAAUCACCUGUUUGUGGACUCCUCUCUGCCAGACUUGGCUGUGGGCCUCAUGCUGCUGGCAGGUUCGCUGGUUGUGCUCUGCACCUGUCUUAUUAUGCUGGUCAAGCUGCUCAACUCGGUGCUCAAAGGCCAGGUGGCCAGAGCUAUCCAGAAGGUCAUCAACACAGAUCUGCCAUCCCCUUUCGGCUGGGCCACUGGUUACUUCGCCAUGCUGGUCGGUGCUGCAAUGACCUUCGUUGUGCAGAGCAGCUCAGUCUUCACUUCAGCAAUCACCCCACUCAUUGGCCUUGGGGUGAUUAGCUUAGAACGCGCUUAUCCACUCACCCUUGGUUCCAACAUCGGAACGACAACCACUGCCAUCCUAGCUGCCCUGGCCAGUCCAGGAGACAAACUCGCCAGUGCUUUCCAGAUUGCCCUCUGCCAUUUCUUCUUCAACAUCUCCGGGAUCUUGCUGUGGUAUCCCCUGCCUUGCACCCGCCUCCCCAUCCAGAUGGCCAAAGCACUCGGUGAGCAGACAGCCAAAUAUCGCUGGUUUGCUGUCUUCUACCUGAUCAUCUGUUUCCUGCUGCUGCCGUCGCUGGUCUUUGGACUUUCUAUGGCAGGAUGGCGGGUCCUGGUGGGCGUGGGAGUCCCUUUCCUGAGCCUUCUGGCUUGUGUGGCCUUGGUCAACAUCAUGCAGUCACGAAGCCCCGGCCGACUGCCCAAGUGGCUUCAGAGCUGGGACUUCCUGCCAUACUGGCUGCACUCCUUGCAACCCAUGGAUGGGUUGAUCAGCAGGGCCACACUGUGUUGUGCCAACCAUUGCUCAGGCAGCCAAGAUGAACACGGCGAUAUGUCUCCUCGGAUGAAAGCCCAAGCAGGCCUGCACAAUCCUUCCCUCAGCUUCUUGGAGGAAUUGUCUCUACCGCCGAAGCCCUCGCCCCGGCUGAAUUCACUGCCGAUGCAGAAUGCUACCCGCCUGUAA